AUGUUAGAUUUAGAACAUUUAAUUAAGGAUAAAAUUACUAAAAGAAUUUGGCACCGGGACUUUUUAAAACAAGGUUUAAGUCAGGAAAUUCAAAGAGCUGCUUUGCGGGAAUUAAUUUUGCUAGCCACUUUUGGGCAUAAUCUUGAAAAAUUGAAAGAAAUUUUUGGUUCUGAUUUAAGGCCACUAAAAG